GGUGGAGUCCGCAAUCACAGGUCGGCCGGAUGCCGGUGGAGUCCAGAAAUCUAUGUCGAUGAAUUUCCUUGCGCUACGACACCUCCGGCCUGUAAUAAAUACCGGCCGCUAGCUUCCCACAAUCUUCAACUUUUUUUUGAGAAACAAUCUUCGACACCACUGACCCUUCUCCCUCCACGCAAACCACCAUGAAGAUCGUCUCGAUUCUUGUCCUUUUCUUCGUCACCUUCAAUGGUACGUGCGCUGCUCGUGUCGACUCUCGGCCAAAUCCUGAUGAUCGUCUCCGCCACCUCUUCGUCUUCGGCGACUCGUUUGGUGACAACGGCAACACACGACAGCCGCUGGUGGAUGUCGUCCUGGGCACGGACAAGGUCAACCAGGAUACACGCCAAUGGUUCUUUCCGUAUGGCUCCUUCACCGAUGGGCGCGAGCACCCCACCGGCCGCUUCUCCAAUUACAUGGUCCAAUCUGAUCUCGUUGCAAACAUCAUGGGGCUCGCCGUAGCACCUCCUGCGUACAAGCUCACGAAGAAGAACACAUGGGACAAGUCCGGCAUGACCUUCGCCGUCGGUGGAACCAACGUGUUCCAGGCGCCUACUAGCAACAAGGCGGUGCCCACCCUCCGCGACCAGGUCGACAGGCUCGAGUCCCUCAUCGUGGAUGGAACCAUCUCAAGGAAACACGUCCAGCACUCCGUCGCCCUCAUCGCCAUCUCCGGCAACGACUACGUGUUGGUCGGCGACGCCGGUGGCAUGAACAUCGGCAUCGGUGCUUUCGUCAAGAACGUGUCGACGGAGAUUGUCAGCAACGUGCAGCGACUGCAGGAGAUGGGGGUAGCCAAGGUUUUGGUGAACAACAUUCCCCCCAUCGGCUGCGCGCCGUCGCAGACCAUGCCGAGCGGCUUCGCCAGAUGCGACCGCGGAGGCAACAACUACGCGUCGGUCCAGAACAGAGACCUCAAGAGGCAGCUCAGAGCGAUGGAUGACGUGCACAUCAUUGACCUCCACACGGCCUUCACCAACAUCGUUGAGGGUGAAAACACUGAGGUGUCGAGCUUCUUCGACGAGAGGUUGGCGCCAUGCUGCAAGAGCACGGAUCCAAGUGGGUACUGUGGGCAGAUGGGUGACUCCGACUCGGACUUCCGUUACACGCUCUGCAAGAAUGCCGACAAGUACUUCUACUGGGACGAGAUGAACCCCACGCAGGCUGGAUGGGAGAUUGUCAUGGAGCAGUUGGAAGACCCCAUCAAGAAGUUCCUAGAGCUCAAUUAGAUCCAUCAUUAGCUAGAUAUAUACACAAGUAGUCUUUAUAAAAUUUUAUUUUAUUUAGGUUCUGGGCACCCGUUGGUGCCACAUCUGUUUAAUUAGUUCAGCAGGUUAGAGUUGAUUUCUAGGCGAGUAUUCUGGAUUUGCAUAAACGUUUUGGUCAACACAUCCUGUUCGUUGGUCAUGAGUCAACAAGGCUUAUCUUGUCCUUAUUUUGGUAAUGUUCUGAAAAUUAUAUUUGAACCGAAUUGCA